AUGGUGUUACCAGUACCGAAGAGGAACAACCCUGCUGGCAGUGGCAGCAAAACACCACAUACCGAUUAUGGUUACUUCGGCAACUUUGAAAGGGUUCGAACUAUCGAUUUCUGUGAACUGUUCGAUCAAUUUCAAGAUGCCUUAAAAUUUGGUUCUAGAACCGAAAGAGUCGAGAUAGUCGAGGGCGGCGGAAUACAUAGGUCCCGUACCGGAUGUAACCUGCGAAUCAGGGUACCGACGCGCGUUCCGGCUGAGCCGAAGCCCGAAAUUCAGAGCAAUCACUAUGGUCCCCAAAAGCCAGGCAAUAAGCGCGACGCGGCAAGAUGCUUGAAAUUAGUCGCGCAGCACGACGUGGCGAUUGCCGCGUUAGGCUGUCGUUACGAGGCGGAUACGAUGACGACGACGACGGAUAAUGCGACCGGUCAGCACAGACGACCACCACCAUCACCCGAACUUCGAGCUUCGAUCCGAUCCGAUCAGACAAGUCGGCGGGAAGAACACAUACACGUCGUCGCUGCCGUUGUCCUCCUUCGUGUGGCGCACGUCACGUAG